UGUUUAAACUUCUUAAACUGAUUUAAGUGAUUGAAGCACCCUAAGUAAGCAUUUUGAAUAGAUAAUAAAUUUCUGCAGCAAGCAGUCGACUUGCAGUCGACAUCCAGUGCAUUUUAUAGUUACAUUUUGCACGCAUUAGUCGAUCGAAAUGUGGAUCCUACUAGUGUUACCGAUUGUCGCCUACAUUUUAGUUCACAUCGCCAGUAGCCGAAUCAAAAGCCAGUCAAAGUACUUGCGAAAUGUGCCGGGAAAAAAGCCGUUUUUGAUUUUUGGAAAUUUGCUGGAUUUCCUGCCAGGAUCCAUUGUUUUCCUGGAUAAUCUAAUGGGGUAUUUGAAAACAUACGGAGACACCAUUCUUUUCCAUGAUGGAUUGUUCAGCUGGAUGUUGGUGUCUACUGAUUAUGAAUUUAAUGAGUUUAUGCACUCAUCAUCAGUUCACAUCGAAAAAUCCAACCUGUAUCACUUUUUCCAUGGAUGGCUUGGGCAGGGUCUUCUCACAAGCUUCGGUUCAAAAUGGAGAAAUCACCGAAAAGUGAUAACGCACUCCUUCCAUUUCUCGAUCCUACAACAGUUUAUCGGCUCUUUCGACGGCGUGGGUGACAAUCUACUGAAAAAGCUGGAAUCUGAAGCUGGAAAAGACAGUGUGGAAAUAUCCCAAUUGAUCUCUUUAUACACCCUGGAUGUUAUUUGCGAAGCGGCAAUGGGGGUGAAAAUUCAUGCCCUCGACUCGGGCAAUUCGCAAUAUGUGAAGAGCAUCAAGGACAUGUGCAAUAUUGUGGCGGAUCGCGUUUUUUCGUACCUCAGUCCGCGUCUAUAUAUGCUAACGUCGAACUACUACAAGGAGAAAAGGGCUCUUAGGAUCAUCCAUAAGCACGUGGACGCAGUGAUAUCGCAGCGGAUAGAAGAACAUAACCAGAAAGCCAAAAAGUCAGAAAGUUCCCAGGCUGAUGAUUUUGGCGUCAAAAAACGCCUGGCUUUCCUGGAUAUGCUUCUGGACGCCAGAAUUGACGGAAAACCUUUAUCCAGGAAGGAGCUGAGGGACGAAGUGAACACUUUUAUGUUUGAGGGCCACGAUACAACUUCUUCGGCGAUUUCCUUUGCCCUAUUUGCGAUUGCUACUCAUCCAGAAGUGCAGGAAAAACUUUUCGAUGAGCAAACCCAAAUUUUCCCUUCCGACUGGAAGUCUGCGCAUGCCUCACACAAGCAAUUGAUGGAAAUGAAGUACCUGGACAUGGUGAUCAAGGAGACCCUUCGCUUGUAUCCACCAGUGCCGUUUUAUGGAAGAAAACUGGCACAAGAUGUCGAUUUUAAAGGAACUCUCUACCCCAAGGGCUUGACAGUGUUCCUGUUUCCUUAUGGUUGCCAUCGGAGCGCCAAAUAUUUUCCGGAGCCCGAGAAAUUCAUCCCCGAAAGGUUCGAGAACUGGACCGGAAAACUGCCCUAUGCCUACACACCAUUCAGUGCUGGCCCUAGAAACUGUAUAGGUCAAAAAUUUGCGAUGCUCGAAAUGUUGGCAAUUAUAUCCAAAAUCAUCCGCAAGUUCAAGCUGGCGCCAGCAAGGCCCGAGCACGAAAUGCAACUGGCAGGCGAAACGAUUUUAAUCUCCAAAAACGGAGUGAAUAUUUCGUUAGAAAAACGAUUAUAGGAAUAAAUUAAAGCGAUUAAUAAAUUACAAUUAAUUAA